AUGAAGUUUUGCUCUUAGGUGGUUCUUUGUGCUCCAGGAUGGCCAGCACUCGAAGAAUUGUACCUUACUUCUAAUAAUAUUACAGUUUUGGAAAGGCCUGAUAAUGUCCUGCAGACCCUGAAGUUGUUAGACCUUUCAGACAACCAGUUACUGGAAGGAAAUCAGCUGCAUCUAAUAGCGCAUCUUCCCAGGUUAGAACAGCUAAUACUUAGAAACUCUGGAAUAUCUUCUAUACACUUUCCUGAUGCUGGAUUUGGAUGCAAGACUAAAAUGUUUCCUUCACUAAAACGCCUUGCAAUAAAUGACAAUAAAAUAUCACAGUGGUCAUCUAUCAAUGAGCUUGAUAAACUGCCAAGUUUGCAGUCACUGCAGUGUCACAAUAACCCUUUCAUGGACACAGAGAAGAACCCAGAGACCCUGAGACAGCUAAUUAUUGCCAAGAUAAGUCAAUUGGAGGUUUUGAACAAGUCUGAGGUACAUCCUUCAGGAGCAGAGCUUGAUUAUCGCAAAAUAUUUGGAAAUGACUGGUUAGCAGCUGGUGGGAAUUGGAACCCAGAGAAAAACAAACCCAGCGAAGAAUUUCUUGCUGCCCAUCCCAGAUACCCAUCCCUUUGUCUUAAAUAUGGUGCACCUGAAGAAGGAGAACUGAAGGGACGACAGCCUUUGACUCUGAAAAACCAGCUUCUGACUUUGACGAUUAAAUGUCCUGAGAAACCUGAACAGAAGCCAGUAGAGAAAAAGCUACCAGAGUCUAUGACUAUUCAGAGGGUCAAAGGAUUGCUGUAUCGCCUACUUAAGAUUCCUGGUUCAGAACUGAAACUGUCCUAUGAAAGUUCUAAACUGGAAGGAAAAGAAGUUGAACUAGACAAUGACUUAAAGCCUUUGCAGUUUUACUCUAUAGAAAAUGGAGACUGUGUGUUAGUACGGUGGUAA